GUUAUAAAAUAGUAUCCAGAUAGAUUCGGUCUAUAGCAUAUAGCCCAUAGCCAAUAUGGAUUCGAAAUUACUGUAGCAUGAGUUCACAGGUUUGAAUGAAGGUUUUUUUAGCUCGAACCCUGACUGGCUAGAUGGUGGACCGGCGGUGGACCGAAUGAUCAUGAUCAAACGGGAAAGGUGCUCCAUCGAAAAAUUCGAGAAGAAGAAAAAAAAAUACAGGAGAAAAAGGAGCCAGAGAUCUAGGGCAGCGCAGUUCUCGAGCAGCGGACGUCCGACCCAAGGUCAGCAACCUGUUCUGUUGCUUCUACGUUGCCUUGGUUUUAAAAAUUUUCAGGAUUCUGAGCCUGCCUUGGAGCUUUGUUUAUUAAUCUGGAGUGUGGUUAUCGAUUUGAAUCGUUGGAUGUUAACCUUCGGUCUGGUUCUGUUCAUGUUGAAGAUUUGAACCUUGGAGAUUUUUUAUUUCCUUAUCGAUAACAUCUUUGAGAAUUGUGGGGUGCUACAUUAAUUGAGGUAAACUGGGAGCUGUAACCCAGACUGACUAAUUGGCAAGAUAUCAAGUGAUCCAAGUUCGAAUUAUAUUGGUUAGUGGGAUGGAGCAGAAGUCAGCAACUUCAUAAGUAUUAUUUUGUUGUAAUGGUUGGGAAGGGUGCAAAGAUUUCAUUUCUCCUUCUGUAAGGUGUAGAUUGUGGCUUUGAAAAGACUGAAGAUCUGUGGAGCCCUUGUGCGCAAUUAUUUUAUUGAUAGAAAGAGAUGGGGAAGCCACUCUUGUACGAGAUUUGGCAAAAACCUGCAAGUAGCUGUAUCAUAGGAAUAUGCAGUGCGAUUUGGUUCUAUAUUCAGAAGAAAAACAUCGGCUAUGCCAAUGUUGGCUUGAGUUAUGAAACAGCAAUUGAAGGGCAUUACUGGAGAAUAAUUACGUCUGCAUUCUCCCAUGUCAGUGUGGUUCAUCUGGUUUUUAACAUGAGUGCUCUUUGGAGCCUUGGCGUGGUUGAGCAGUUGGGCUACAUGGGUCUUGGUGUCGAGUUUUAUCUCCAUUAUACUCUAGUUCUGGUAGUUUUAUCAGGAUUGCUGGUCCUGGGGGUGUAUCAUAUUCUGAUUCAGAAGUUUAAGCUGGAGUAUUUCAGGAGAGUGACAGCGGUUGGUUACUCAUGUGUUGUGUUCGGGUGGAUGACAAUCCUUGCCGCGAAACAACCAUCUUCAAAGCUGAAUCUAUUUGGGUUUCUUUCUCUGCCAAUCAGCUUUGCACCAUUUGAAUCAUUAAUUUUCACGUCCAUAAUUAUUCCACAAGCAAGUUUUAUUGGCCACUUGUCUGGAAUUGUUGUCGGUUAUUCCAUAGCUUGGGGUCUGAUCCAUGGAAUGAGUAAUUACUGGGCCAUUUCGAUGCUUGGAUGGAUUAUUCUUGUGUUUUUCUUGAGCCUUAAGCGUAGUGGAGCUUCUGACUUGAAUUUUAUUGAGAUUGAGCUGGUUACAGAUUCUUCACUACCUACUGUUGGCUUUCUUGGUUUUGGAAAUGGUAGAACUCUGCAGAUGGAUAUUCUUCCUGGCAGAGUUGCUUAACUUGUGUAGCCUACAGAUGACACCAUGUGGUUGCUCCGUAGGUGAUUGGUCUGUCAUACAACAUUGUCUGCUCAUGCAUAUGCUAGAAUUGGUAAUCACCCCAUAUAAUUCUUUUCUGGAUCCGAAAUUAUUACACAAGCUCGUUCUCUGUCGAAGUUCCACGAGGGCCUUAAGAUUGUAAGCACCAUGCUUGGUCAGAACAUGGGCUCUAAAAGACAGGCAUUCUGCAUCUUUCAGUUGGUUUGUGUUCCAGGUGAAAAAUUAUUUUGGAGCCUAGGGUUACUCUGAAGUGUAGAGUAUAGUUUAUCGAGUCACAUUUUUAAUUGAACUAAAAUAUCUUGUUCUUGGUGUUGCACUCAUCAUGAAACAUGCCUUUUUUAUAGAUUUAUAAUUUACAUAUAGGUCAUAUACUUGCAUGCUGGAAGUUGUUUUAUAUUUACCCCCUCCAUCCGAUAGACAACUUCUUCAGGUAGAAUGCAUGCAUGUUGUUAAACUCCAGUAACCAUGCCUAUGCAAUAUUCUUGUGUAAAAGUUUGAGGAAAAUUAGUUAAAGAGAGUUUCUUCAGCAGCCAUCAUCAAUAAAAAUUUCCAUUCUAUACUUUGUUGACA